AUGGACGAUACCAACAACCCACCUACACAGCUACCCACAGAAAAUGAUUGCACUACAGCAGGACAUUCCGAGUCCUGGAAUGCCUACCAUGAAGCCAUGACCGAGAUUGUAGAUAAAAUGACUAGCUUUCGGAAGGCUAUCAAGAAAGUCACACCAGAAGAAAUUGAAAGUGUAAGAGACUACCUUUUGCUGGAAGAGCCACAAUCAACACUGCCAAUUGCUACCGGUUCAGACAGUACAGAAAGUUUUCGGCAAAUCUUGAGCUCACGACGGCAAGCCUUUCUGGAACAAACAAAUUUCAAUCCUCACCAAUACGCGUUGGCCAUGCAGUGUAUCUGUAACCUGGUGUCUUCUUGCGCCAAGAAUAAAACGCCACUGCCUAUUGUGCCAGCAUGGUCCAAAAUCAAAAACGGUGGCAUGAUUCUCAAGCCAAACGUCCUGAGUUCCUUCCUCUUUGUGAUUGGCCUCAAUGACGAUUUGGCAGAUUUAUCAUUGGAGGUGGCUACCUGUCAUGAUUUGUUGUAUGGUGCCGCAGAAAGUUCCGUCCAUCUCCGUAUCAAGUCUUUGGUGGCAUUGAACGACACCAAGAGUGCGGAGGCUCUGAUAGAGGAGUUGCCUGAUGAUGGCCAGGAAUGCAAACGAUUACGUACAUUCACGCCGCUAUUGACACACUACUGUAAAGUUGGGGACACAUCCUCCGUAUUACGCUUGUGGCAACUUAUUCGCGCUGCACCUCGGGCUUACAUGGACGGAGAAACCUAUUCACUCAUCCUUGGAGCACUUGCCAGGAAUCGUGUCUUUGGACUGCAUUCACCCAUCAUUGAUGAUGCAGUAAACCUUGGAUUGUCAGCAGACACUGGUCCAAAGCUUUUGGAUGAAAUUUUGCUUGGUAUGGGGGAGGAUGUCCUGGAAGUUUCAGAUGCUACAGCCUUGGAUAUGUACAACCACUUUAGAGCUGGGUUCAAGCUACUGGGAGAUUUUUUGAAUGAUCGAAGGGAGAUUCCGUAUGCCGCGAAUGCCGUGGAUGGUUGGGAACUGACCAGCGAGGGGGUGCAAUUUUGCGUCGGAAGAGUGAAUGUUGAUCCAAUCUCAUCUGUUUGUCCCGCUACAGGUGCCAAACUGCGCUUGAACACCCUCAGUGACAGCCAGCGACAACAUAUGCGGAACGCCCUAUUUGAAAUGGCAGAAGCUCAGCAUGUAGAGUUCACUGCUGGUAGGAAGAAAAGCAGCAAGAAUAAGAGCAGUGGCGACGAUGCCAAGAAAGAGCUGAUUAAGUUUGGGGAUUGGUUAGAAAACAGAGAAGGAGAUCCUUUCACUGCCUUUGUAGAUGGCGCCAAUGUUGCUUACUUUGGCCAAGGGACUGUUCGAUAUAGUCAAGUACAAAAGGUGGUUGCCGAGCUUGAACGACUCGGGGAGAACCCAUUGGUAAUAAUGCCAAGGAAGUAUGUCAACUCAAGCUUCCGACGUGCUCAAGGUGCUUAUCAGCAACUGAAACCUGCUGACCUUGAUGUGAUUACUAGACUCAUCAAUGAACAGAAAAUGUACGUGGUGCCCGCACAUUACUUUGACGAUUACUAUUGGAUGCUUGCAAGCAUAGCAAAUCAAAAUGGCAUGAAGACUUCAAGCCAAUCCAGCAUAUUGCCUGGCAUUCGACCAAUCCUCAUCUCCAAUGAUCAAAUGCGUGAUCAUAAAUUGGAGAUGUUGGAGCCACAGCUGUUCCGGCGAUGGUUUAGUUCACACAUUGUCACUUAUGCCAUUGCUCCUUUUAUCGAAGAUGAAUGGGAAGACAGAAAGAUUAAUUUUGCUGCAGCUGAUUCUUUCAGUUGCGAAAUUCAAGGCAAUGCAAUCAACAGAGAGGGAAUGGAAGGCACUGCUUGGCACAUUCCCGUAAGCGAAUGGCAACCACGGACAUCGCGUCUUUGCAUUGCCGUGGCAACAUUAAAGAAAUAA